UGCCUCCUAAUAACCCUUCCGGGUGAGUGAGACCUUUUUGUUCCUAGCACCGGUGGAAUUUCUCGCUCUGAUUAACUUCUCAUUUUGGUUUUAUCUGCAAGAAAAAAGAUUAAACAUCGGGUUAUGGCGGUGAACACAGGAACCUCUCUAGUCCUCUCCAGCCUGCUGUCAGUGCUGGUUUUUGCUGGAAUGCAGAUGUUCAGUAAACAGCUGGGAUCCACUGAGUGGCUCACCAUCCUGGGAGGUUUCCUGGGCUCAGUCCUCUUCAUCUGCUCCCUCACCGCUUUCAAUAAUCUAGAAAACCUGGUAUUUGGAAAAGGAUUCCAAGCCAAGGUCUUCCCAGAGGUUCUGGUUUGUCUGUGCCUGUCGCUGUUUGCAUCUGGCCUGGUGCAUCGCGUGUGUGUCACCACCUGCCUGAUUUUCUCCCUCUUCGCUCUGUUUUACAUCAACAAAAUAUCCGCCGCCCUCUACCAAGCAGCCGUCCCUGCAGCUCCUCCGGCCAAAGCUGCCAGCAAGAUCAAAAGGAAGAACUGAUCAUAUCCAGUCUCACUUUUCUUUCAAUAAAUCGAUAAGAUCCAGGUGUUGCUGAAACUCUGUUUUGGCAAAGUUAAAUUGGUGAACCACAUUUAAAGUGGUUGGCUACCACAAAAUGACACAUUUUUCCCUCUACAUUGAUUUCGAAAUGUGCCCUCGGCUUCUUGUGCGGCCUUAAAUCAAUCUAGACAUAAUCCUUUACAGUCCCAUCAGUCCUUUUCCUCAGCUCAGAUGGCUGUAGAGAGAUUCGUACAUCCUGGUAUAUUAUACGUCCAACAGUGUCGGGUAAAGGUUGCUUUGUUUUUGUUCAUUUUGUAAUUAAACUUUAGAAAAGA